GGCACAACAAGCUCAGCGGUCGGUCCGUUCACUCCUCUGCGCUGCUCCCACUGCAGUUCCUCCGCCGCGCAGAAAGGACGCACACCGACACUUGCCCCCCACCCCACCACCCCACCCGGCCCGACCAAGGACGGAGAAAAUGAGCUCGUCCUCCGGCGUUCACAUCGCACUGACGUGAGCAGUGUCACGGCUCUACUUUACACGCAGGAGACCCGCACUGGUGUGCCGCGUACAGAUCCCCCAGCUCGGUGUCGGACAGUCCCGCCCGCAGCCCGGACCAUGGCGGAGCGAAGUGGCCGGUUGAGUUUCCCCGGGAGCGGGGCUCUCAACAGACCGGUGCCCAUGAACCUGUUUGCAACAUGGGAGAUAGAUGGAUCCUCCCCGAACUGCAUCCCGAGAUUGUGCAGUUUGACUCUGAAGAAGCUGGUUGUGAUGAGAGAACUUGAUAAAGAGCUCAUCUCUGUGGUCAUAGCGGUUAAAAUCCAGGGCUCCAAACGGAUUUUGAGGUCCCAUGAGAUAGUGCUGCCACCCAGUGGGUCUGUGGAGACCGAUCUGGCUCUCACCUUUUCACUGCAGUACCCUCACUUCUUAAAGCGAGAAGGAAACAAGCUGCAGAUCAUGCUGCAAAGGCGAAAGAGAUACAAGAACCGAACUAUCUUGGGCUACAAGACCCUCGCAGUGGGAUCCAUUGAUAUGGCCGAGGUGAUGCAGCACCCGACAGAGGGAGGCCAGGUCCUGCCUCUCUGCAGCAACCAGAAAGAAAUGCUGGGGAAGGUGGCAGAGAUCUGGAUCUUUUCCCUGUCCAGUCAGCCAAUAGACCACGAGGAGGCAGCCCUGCAGGGAGGACAGAAGAUCAAAUGCUCCGAUAACUACUCAGAGGAAGAGUAUGAGAGCUUCUCCUCGGAGCAGGAAGCCAGCGACGAUGCUGUGCAGGGACAGGAUCUGGAGGAUGAUGAGUACGAUGUGAGGAAGCCAAAGAAGCAGAGGAGGUCGAUUGUGAGAACGCCCUCCAUCACCAGACAGCAGAACUUUAAACAGCGAGUGGUGGCUCUUCUGAAGCGGUUCAGAGUUUCAGACGAGGUGUUGGACUCAGAGCAGGACCCUGCAGAGCCGCCCCCUGAGGUGGAGGAGGAGGACCUGGACCUGGACAGUGUGGAGUUUGAGAACCCGAGUGACAGCGGCCCGGAGCUUGAUGACGACGACAGCGUCCUCAGCACACCAAAACCCAAACUCAAGCCAUAUUUUGAGGGUCUCUCCCUCUCCAGCUCUCAAACUGAGAUCGGGAGCAUCCACAGCAGCCGGAGCCACAGGGAGCCUCCCAGCCCGAUUGACCCAGAUAAAACCAAGUGUGGUGGGGCCAAAUUUCCAGAUGACAGUGUGUCUGACAAUGUCUCCUUUGAGCAGCCGGAGGCGGUUACUCCGACCACAGAGCUGGAGAUGGACAACAUGGACACAUUUUUAGAGAGACUGCCACCAAGUGGCAAAAUGACCAAGACAGAGUCCCUUAUCAUUUCAUCCAACAGGCAAGAACCAAAGUUGGCAGGGAGGCGAGGCAGGAGCACGUCACUGAAGGAGCGCCAGCCCAGCAGGCCGCAGAACGAGAGGGCCAACAGCCUGGACAACGAGCGGUCCCUAGACACACGCUGCCACCUACAGAUCCCAAGAAAGACGGUGUAUGACCAACUAAACCACAUCCUGGUGUCUGAUAACCACCUCCCUGACAGCAUCAUUCUCAUCAACACAUCGGACUGGCAGGGCCAGUAUCUUUCAGAUAUGCUGCAAAACCACCAUCUACCAGUGGUCUGCACCUGCACCACAGCCGACAUCCAAGCUGCGUUCAACACCAUCGUCUCCCGCAUACAGAGAUUUUGCAACUGUAACUCCCAGACGCCCAUUCCCAUAAAGAUCGCAGUGGCUGGAGCGCAGCACUAUCUCAGUGCUGUUCUGAGGCUUUUUGUGGACCACCUUUCCCAUAAGACCCCUGACUGGCUCGGCUACAUGAGGUUCCUUAUCAUCCCUUUAGGCACACAUCCAGUCUCCAAAUAUCUCGGCACUAUUGACUAUCGAUACAACAGUUUGUUCCAGGACGCAGCUUGGAGGGACCUGUUUCACAAACCAGAAGCUCCUGUUGUUGCCCAGGAGAACCCAGACGUAGUGUCAAGGGUAACUCAGUACAUGAUGGGAGCUAACGGAGCUCACCAGCUUCCCAUCGCAGAGGCCAUGCUCACCUACAAACAGAAGAGGAAAAAGAGCUUUCAUUUUGAUUUUGCAGUAAGUCUCUCUGUUUCUUCCCUGGGGGGGCGAUGGCAGGUUUCCUCAAGCCCUGAUGAGGACUCAUGUCAGAAAUUCAUCCCUUUCAUUGGUAUGGUGAAAGUCGGCAUCGUGGAGCAAACAUCUGCAACAUCAGGAGAUUCUGAUGACGCAGCACCUCUGGGUUCCUCGCUGCUCUCGUCCACUCCCCCACAAAUAUCACCCGCUCUCAAAGAGGCGUCGCCCACCCCACCUUCCUCUCCCUCCGUCACCACUAGCUUCUGUGCUUACAGUUCUGUAGGUCAGACGGAACUGAUGGGCCUUCAGGUGGACUACUGGGUGGCUCCGACAGAAAGGAAGAAAGACAUGGAGAAGCGGGACUCCUCCUCCAAAAACACUCUGAAGUGCAAUUUCCGCUCGCUGCAGGUCAGCCGGCUGCCACUGGGGGGCGCAGAGCCGAGCCCCCAGCCCACCAUGUCCAUGACUGUGGUGACCAAGGAGAAGAAUAAGAAGGUCAUGUUCCUGCCAAAAAAGAGCAAAGACAAGGAGGUAGAGUCGAAGAGUCAAGUGAUCGAGAGCAUCAGCCGGCUCAUCUGCACUGCCAAGCAACAGCAGACCAUGCUGAGAGUAUUGAUUGACGGCGUCGAGUGGAACGAUGUCAAGUUUUUCCAGCUGGCGGCGCAGUGGUCCUCGCACGUCAAACACUUUCCCAUCGGGAUCUUUGGACACACAAAAGGCCCUUACUAGCAGCACCUAAGAGACUGAAACACUGAGGACAGCUCCCCCCCUCUCUUCCCUUUCCCUUGUGCCAACAGCUUUUAACCCCCCUCCUCCCUACUUUCCCCCUGCACACUUCUUCUAUUCUAUUGUCUUAAUUUAAACUCCUGCUUUCACCUGUUGCAUUUGUCCGAUUAUUUAAUCUUUUGCGUGUUUUUUUUAAUUUUCUAUUUAUGUAAAAACGUCUCGAGGCAAUGCUGCCAUGGGAAUAUUUCUUUACCCAGCUUUUUAAAAGAAGAAAUCCUGCUGAUGUUUUAUAGACUUUUGAGAAGAAAAAAAAACCUAAUUAAAUAAUAAUUAGAAAUUACUUCUAACCUUUAACAUACUGUAUGAGUGCCCAGGUUUCACCCUCUGCCAUCAUUUUUUAUUUUAUUUGGUGAGGCACAGUACAUUUAAUCAAGAAUAUAUUUUAAAAAAACUAAACAAGAGCAGAUGCCUUGUAAUGAAGUGGAAGAGGUCAUGGUCAUCUUAUUUCCCAAUCAUGAUGAAGACAUUUUUGGAUUCUCAACUUCUGAGACUGUUGUCGAUUUGUUGUCUUAAUCCUGAAGAAGAAAAAUUAAACGGCCCCAGACCUUUGGCUCUCUGCACUCAAUGAAGAAGUCUAAUGUGCAAUAGGCUGAAUACUGUGUGAAUGCAAUUCUGAAUAAUAACCUGGCACUGUUAGGAGAUUACACACUGCUCUUAGUUGUGAUUUUCAAUCUAUGUAACCCCCCUCUUCUUCAUUACUUUCUCCUCCUGGUAAAUUGGCUUGAGGUUUGAAGAGUUUUUCUCCAAAGUGAGAAAUGUAAUUAGAAAAGUCAGACACACUUGCUUUUUAAAAAAAUGAUUAAUAGCACAAAAUUAACUACUUUAUGGACGGAAUUACACACUUAAAGGAAUACACUGGCAUUUUGGGAAAUACGUUUAUUUGCUUUCUUGCCGGGAGAUAGAUGAGAAGAUCAAUAACGCUUUAAAGUCUGUACGGCAAAUAUAGGUAGAACCAGCAGCUUAGCUUAACGGGGGUAAACAGCUAGCCGAGCUCUGCCCAAGGAUAACAAGAUCCUUACCAGCACCUCUAAAGCUAACUGAUUAUCACGUCAUAUCUUUAAUCCGUACAAAAACAACAAGUAUAAAAGUAUAACAACAAGUAUAAAAACGACAAGUUGCGGUUGUAUGGGGGGGUUUACAGGAAAUAGUCCGGCACAUAACCCACUGGAAAACCACAACUUGUCGUUUUUAUGGUUUUUGUAUGGAUUACACAAAAGGGAAAUAAAAUACGGACAGAGCUAUGCUAGCUGUUUCCCCGUUUCCAGUCUUUAUGCUAAGCUAAGCGAACCGGCUGCUUACUAACAGCUAGCCUGGCUCUGAUCAAAAGUAACAAAAUCUGCCUACCAGCAUCUGUAAAGCUCACUACUUUUAAUUCACACAUUAUAUCUCCUUUGUUUGAGUCGUUCAAAUACUGAGCCAGACUAGCUGUUUCCCUGUUUCUAGGAAUGGCUCAAUACCACUUCUUCAUGUCCGAUACCAAUACGGACGCUGACACCUUGAGUAUCCAUCGAUACUGAUAUCAGUCCGAUACUUUCUGGGGCCCUAGCCUCAAAUGUUUUUUCAAAAGCCUCAAAUCUUUUUGGCUUUUAAAUUAACUUCAACUUCGUGCCAUUUCCUCUCGGUCUCUCUGACUGGACCGAAUCAAAGGAGUAAAAGUUCUAUUGCUAGGGAGAUAUCGCCAUCUAUUACAGUGUUAUGGCAUUGAUUCACAUAUAGCAGAUUUGUCAGCAAAACAUUCAUGCUGUGAACUCUACUCCAGCAUACUUCAGCAAAAACAGGUUUCAAGUUACACCUCAUCUCUACCCUACUUAUGUGAACUUAAAAAUAGUAACAUCAGACAGAUUUUGCCUCUUUUUAGGUGGCAGGAGUGAAAAUUUUGCAUCCUCAAUAUUUGUUGUGUUCUACAGGAUGAUCACUUUUUCUGGGCAACUAUGAUGUUUUUUCCCAAAUGAUGUACAGAUUUUUUAGGCAUAUUAUCUCAACUGGCUUUAAAAACAGUGCAUAUAGCUGCUGCAAAUGAGAAAAGAUAUCCCUGGGGAAUUUGGGCUAAGCUCUGCCCCUGAUCAACACUUCUCUACCUGUAUCCAGUCUUUCUGCUAAACUAACCUAAUUGCUGGCUGUAGCUUCAUAUUAACUCUCAGCAACAAAGCAAAUACUCCCCAAAAUGUCUAUUUAAGCUUGGUUUAUAUUUUAGAUUUAGAUUUUACAGAGUGGUUUCUCUGUAUUAAUUAGCUUGCUGACGUUUAUUUUAAAAAGAACUCUUCGUCCUCAAGCCCCACACUCCUCUGACACACUCCAUAUCUUUUGCUAAAAGCAAAUGUUACUUUUGCCAAAGGAAUACUCAUCAACUGCAGCUCACUCGUUACCUGUGUGGUAUUAUAGAAGACUUCAUAAUGUAGAGGUGAAUGUAUUGAAGGUACCUUAAUGUAAAGCACUUUUAAAUGUUUGUCCAUUAUAGAGUAGUGUGUUAUAAACCUACCCGGGAACCUGCAGGUAUGACUGACUGAGGUUCACAGAGGCACAUGGACAGACACUGUAUCUGUCUUUAUAUCUGAGCUGAACAACAGCACAAGCAGUGGUGUUCAUGGCAUAGUUUAUAUGCAAAGCAAACCAAGCACCUGCAUCCUCUCAGCGCUGUGUAAUAUCACUUUAUGCUCAGUGUGUGAGGCCUCGUUGGACUAUUUAGAUUUUAGUUUAAUAUUCUGUAAGGUUAGUCUAGAAUGUGUUUGUGAUGUUAAUUCAAAAAUCUUCUGUUCUGUAGAUUUUGCUCAAUCUUUUGUUGACUGUUAAGCAUAAAACUAAAAAAAAAAAAGUAUUUUGCUUAUAAAAAAUUCUUUCAGUAGCAGUUUCAUCAUAACCUUUGCCAAUUUCUUGAUAAGUGCCUAAAUUGCUUAAUUUUGACAAAUCAACAGAAAUUUUUUGUCCCUGGCUAACAUGGUGCUGAUACUGGUCUGACAACAACAGAAUAUCUCAAUACAGUGCAUUGAUUUUUGCAGGUUAAACACAUGCAGUCAAGCUUGUUAACUGGACUGAGGGAGAAUCACGCGCUGGACAGUCGGCUCUCAAACAUGGGUUUUAAAUAAUUAAAAGAACACCACAGCCCAUUAGUGUUGAGCAUAUAUUUGUUUCUCUAUAUAGAAGAUGUUUUAGAUGUUUUGGUUUUUUUCAUGUUGUCUCAGAGAAAGGCUUGUUGAAACUGAACGUUCCCUAAAGACUACCACUGUAAUCCCAAAACUUGGAGUAAUAAAACUACUAUACACACUAAAAUUUA